AUUCUCGGAGGAGAAGCAAGCAGAGAACGGUUCAUACAAGACACAAUAAGAGAGAUUAUGGAAAAAGUGCAAAAUACAACUUGUGGAUUUUGGUGUUUUGAGCACUGCAGGCCUCCGGGACAAAGCACCUGCAGCACACCAACCUCUGCUACACUCAGCCGUCCCCUGAGAUUUGGAGCCGUGGUUGUCAUUGUUGGUGCAGUUUUAAUGUUGUGUGCAUCCGUGGCUACUCUCUAUCUGCAGAAGGGGAGCUAUAAAAAUGUUUAUAAUGUUCAUUACAGUAUGAACAUCAACGGGGAGGUGAGGGAGGGCUCCAUGGAAAUUGAUUCUGACAACAAUCUUGAGAGAUUUAAAACUGGGAGUGGAGCUGAGGAAGCUGUGGAAAUUCAUGACUUUCAAAUUGGAGUGACUGGAAUCCGCUUCUUUGGAGGAGACAAGUGCUAUAUAAAAUCCCAAAUCAAAGCCAAACUUCCUCCCAUGGGAGCUCACGACAAAGCGAUGGUGAUGUUUGACCUGACAGAUGAAUUAAUGCCAGUGAGCUUUGAUGAGGAGUUCCUUAUUUGGGUUGCAGCAGAGCAGCCGCUGAAGGACACCAGGUUUCUGAGCAAGAAAAUUCUGGAUCUUUGUGGGGAGCUUCCCAUUUACUGGCUCAGACCGACAUAUCUAAAAGAUGGGGAGAGGAAAAAGAGAGACACGCAUCGAGCCAAACGGCAGUUUAACAUGGAGGAGGUUGAGGCAGCUGCCGAGGAGGGGGACCUGGUGAGUCACGCAGAGAAUGACACCUCCAGAGUUGUGGAAGAAGAGGAGGAGGGGGCGCAGUCAGCUGUGGGGUCAGCAGACAACCCCGAAAACCCCUAUCAACGCAGCAGAGGGGCCAGAGAGGAAAGCGCCCUGACCUUUGACACCAUGUUAGACCACCAGGGGAUCUGCUGCUCCGAAUGCCAACGCAGCUACACUCACUGCCAGAAAGUGUGUGAGCCUCUGCGGGGCUACUGGCCUUGGCCUUACAACUACAGAGGGUGCCAGGUAGCUUGUCGAGUCAUCAUGCCUUGUCGCUGGUGGGUGGCACGCAUUUUUGGAGUUGUGUAAAAGAACACACAACAUAUGUGAGCAAAUGUGUGUGCGCAUGUGUGCUUUGCAGCUCAGCUUCUUUUUCAGAUCUGCACACAAAUAUCAGAUUUCUCUUUUUAUUAGCAUCUACCAGAAAGCUAUGCCUGCUAGCGUGAUAUGCAAAGUGUGAAAUGUGACCAUUUUUAUUGUAGCAUAUAUACCAUCACCAGCCACUUUAUUAGGUACACCUUACUAGUACAUGGUUGACCCUUCUUUUGCCCUCAGAGGCGCCUUAAUUCUUCAUGGCAUAGAUUGAUAAAAUAUUUUUGGACAUAUUGACAUGACAACAUCAUACAGUUUGUGCAGAUUUGUUGGCUGCACAUCCGUGAUCCCUUCUGUUACACCACAUCCCAAAGGUGCUCUAUUGCAUUGAGAUUUGGUGACUGUGGAGACCAUUUGAGUAAACGUACUGUUCAGUUAAAAAAAAGAAAAGAAAACAUAUCUUGAGAUGAUUUUAACCUUGCGACAUUAGGUGUUAUACUAUUGGAAGCAGCUAUCAGAAGAUAAAGAAAGAUAAAGAUAAAGAGAUUGGCAUUUAAGACCAGGUAGGCUCUGGUCUUUAAUUGAUCAGUUCAGCUCAUUUGAUACUAUAGGGCCCAAAGUGUGCGAAAAAAAACCAUCCCCCACACCAUUACAUCACCAACAGCAACAGCCUGAACCAUUGAUUCAAAGCAAUAUAGAUCCAUGCUUUCAUGUGUGUUUACACCUGACCCUAUGAUCCGAAUGUAUCAGCAGAAACAGAGACUCAGGUUGUGCAUUUUCACCCAGAGAAUUGAUGCUCACUGGACAUUUUCGCUUAAAAAAAAAAAAAAAAAACCCCUUCUCUGUAAAUCCUAAAGAUGAUUGCGUAGGAAAUUCCCAGUAGAUCAACAGUUCCAGCCGACCUGUAACCAGCAACCAUACCACAUGGUUGACAAGUCACUGCUUAGUUUAAACUUCAUCAGGUUAUCUUGACCAUUGUUGCCAUACUAUUGGCUGAUUAGAAAUUUUCAUUAACACAAAGCAGCUGAAUGCAUGUACCUAAGUGGCCAAUGAUCAUAUACUAUACAUGACAAGUUUUUCAUCUUGAUAGGAAUGCUACAUUUCUUUUAGAUACAAUUAUUCAGAAAUGCAUACAUGUAAUGUUCCUAUUUGCAGCUGCGGAUUCAGAAAUGAGUGCAUUCAUUUUUGUAUCGUGUCAUGGCCAGGCUUAAUGCACUGUACUGUGUUUAAUGGAAGGCACUGGACUGAAUCCAAAGGCUCAGCAGAUCAUGUACCUUUUC